GGCAGCCGGUGACGUCACGCAUGUGAUAUAAAAGCAGUGGAGCAGCAGGCAGCUGCAACAUUGCAAGUUAAAACCAUCAACAAAGGAGGAGAAGACUUUGACAACCUGCUGCUUUUUUUUUUGUGUGUGUGUUUCCUUCCCAGCAAAUCCAACAUGUGCAAAACGACCAUUUUCCACUUGGGAGUGAUUGUCUUCGCCAUUUGCUUAUCAACACAGGUGGUCUCCCAGAGCAGCACAGAGCCGCCGAGCACGACCAUGAACACCACCACCACCCCCACCAACAGCACCAUGCCUACCUGGGCCACAAACACCUACAGCGUCUCGACCAACACCACCUCCCCCACCGGCACAGGUCUCUCGCUGCACACCGCCGCCGCCUUCACCUCCUCCUCCCUCCCCAUCUUGGUCACGGCAGCCUCCCUCCUGCAGAGCCUCUGUUGUUGAAAGAGCCCCCCCCCCCAACCUGUGCCGGGCCCCUGCUACUCUACUACCCACUGCACCAGAUUUGACAGGGAUGGAUUUCUUUAUCCUCUUUAGUAAAUAAUCACAAAGUCUGUAACGCAAAGUCUUUUCGGUGGCAUGGGCGGGGACUUUCGUCGCCCUUUUGCAUGGCAACCAUGGAAAAGGGAGGCUUCGGUUUGCGGUCACUGCUCGCUUGAUUGUGUUCACUUACGACCGGCUUUUUUCCCCUCAAUUUGGCUCCCUCCAGCUUUAUCAAUGUAGCAAAUAUGUCUGCUGCAGGACUUUUUACUAAAUCAAUAACUCCCCCCCCCCCCAAGUCUUUACAGUUUUACAGGCUGACCCGGGAAAUGACCGACCACAUGGGAUGGGUUAAUGUUAGUUUCCCCUCCUUUAUAGCUUCUAUUUUGUACCAAAUGAAAUGUUUAUUAGUUUGAAUGUAAAUUGUACAAUAAAUUGUUGAAACAAA